GUGUUUGGGGUUUCAUCAGAACGACCUUCGACUCCAGCUAUCAGCAUCCUUCCCCUCUUACACUCCGACUCUCGCAUUUGCCGCCAACUUUUCUGCUGCCGUUAUCAUUGACACUCACCCACUGUCGUCGUUCCUGUCUGUUGGAACCUUCUCUGGUCGGGAGAACGAGCUUGGACUCUCAGCAUCUUCUGGUCUCUCUCACGUUUGUUUAUUAGUUUAUAUCGUCAGUUGUGAAGGUUUCAUGGUAAGUUACUGCAACGUCGACAGCUAUGUUCACUAAUGACCAGAGGCAAGCAGAGCGAACUGGAAGAUAUGGAACUCCAAGGCUCCAGUACCUCCAGGAAUUAGUGAAUGAAUUUCAGAGCUCAACUAGUCAAGAAACAAAAGAAAGAGUCGUUGCAAAUUUGGCAAACUUUGCUUAUGAUCCUUACAAUUAUUCCUUCUUACGCCAACUAAACGUUCUGGAGCUUUUCUUGGACUGCAUGACGGAGCCAAAUGAGAAGCUCGUUGAAUUCGGUAUAGGAGGCAUCUGCAAUUCUUGUGUUGAUCCUGCUAAUGCUUCUAUUAUAACUCAGUGUGGAGGAAUUCCUCUCAUCAUUGAAUGCUUGUCAAGCCCCGUAAGAAACACUGUGAAUUAUGCGCUUGGGGCCUUAUAUUACCUCUGCAAUGAAUCAAAUAAGGAAGAGAUUAUGAAACCAGAAGUGGUAGAUGUCAUCAAGAGAUAUGCAGUGGCUGAGAGUGCGAGCUUCAGUAAUCUGGCUAAAGCCAUUCUAGACAUGCACUUCUCUGAUAGAAAUUGAGAAUUCGACAUCCUUGAUGGCGAAUCGGGUGAAAGAGUUCGCACUGGUUGGUUCGGUUUCCUCCUUUUCUACUUAUUCUUUUAUGAUCUUAGGUCCCGUUUGAUAAUGAUUUUCUGCAUCUUGUUUUGAGUUGUUAAUAAGAUCUCAUGGCAUUCUCUC